UUGAGCAAGGCCCUUAACCCCCAGCUCUAGGGGUGCUACAUGUUAGCUACCUUUGCUGCCUAUGGUUUCAUUCGUAAUUUGCUGAAUGCUCUGUUUCUGCUGCAAAUUAGAGAACUGUAACGACCACAAUGCACAGUUUUAUUGUGGAACUAGACGCUUUUGGUAACAAAUGAAGUGUCAUUUCGCCGUGUGCUGCUACCCAAUCAUACUUUUGUUUAAAGUAUGGAGAGUCAUGAUCACUUGUUCAAAGUACUAAUUAUUGGGGACUGUCGAGUUGGGAAGACAUCGCUGGUGCACCGUUACGUGCACGAAAAAUUCUUCAAGAGUUACAAGAGUACAGUGGGAGUGGACUUUGCACUGAAAGCUCUUGCAUGGUCUGACACGGAGACUGUACGACUUCAGCUGUGGGACAUAGCAGGUCAAGAGCGUUUCACCUCCAUGACCAGGAUUUAUUAUAAGGGUGCAUCGGGCUGCGUGCUCAUGUUUGACGUCACCAGCAUCUCCAGCUUUCACAGCUGCCAGAAAUGGAAGGAGGACUUGGAGAGUAAGGCCCUUCUGGUGGACGGUAACCCUAUCCCCUGCAUCCUGCUGGCAAACAAGUGUGAUUUAUCACCUUGGCAAGUGUCAAAGGAUGACGUGGAGACGUUCAGCAAGACCAGCGGCUUCAUCGCCUGGAUGGAGAUAUCAGUCAAAGACAACAGAAACAUCACUGAAUCCCUGAGAAUCUUGGCGGAGAACAUGAUGGCAACUCAAUCAGCUUUUGGAACACCUGAAAACCAGGGAAAAGGCUUCAAGCUAAGCUCCCCUGUAACGGCAAAGGAGGCUACUGGGGACCAGUGUUGCUCAACUGUGAAGAACUUGGUGGAAUAAACAUUUCUGAUAUUUCUUUGAACGGGUGCACUAACGUUAUGGGUUAAUUCAUUGAAUGUAAAUAAUAAAGAUGAUAGAGGUAAAUAAAUAAA